ACCAAACUCAUCCUCACCCAGUUAAAGGAUCGAGUGUACAUAAAAGCUGCUCAUAAACACAUGUUCCUCAAUUACACAGAUUUCUCGGAAAUUAUAAAUUUUAAUAAAUUCCAAAUCCUUUAAAACGUUGGCCUAGAAAGUGUAAAGUGUCCAUAAAAAUAUGAAACCAGAACGAAACUUUACCGCUUUUAGAGAAUUAAUCGAAGAAUAUAAUGUGACAUAUAAAAAUUGCAACAUUCCCAAGGGGUCGGAGUUCGUCUACAUUGAGAAAUUAGUCAGUCUGGUUAGGCGCGACAGGGACGUUCAUAAAUGCCUCCGAUAUCUCGAGGACAGAGUGCCGUUAGUCGACGGCGACCAAUGGGUCGCGUUUUGUUGGGCUUAUGCUGAAGUCCUGAGCAAAGAAAAGAACUCCCUCUUUCAAGGUGAAAGAUGUCGGAAAGUUAAGGAAUUGUUCACUUUUUGCAUAGAAAAUCAUGCCAAGAGUUUACUCGACCUCCACCAAAUCAUGGUGAUGAUUCACCACUCCGGGAAGUUGGGUCCCGUCUGGGAGGAAAUGGUUAAAAAAGAUGUUCGAAAAAUAGGCUCCGAACGUUGCACAAUGGAAGAAAUCAUCCUGACCAAAGCCAAUACGUUUCAACCUGAGGGAAAAAUAUUGACUAGAGUGGAUCUUAUUGGCCUAACUGCGUACGGAGGUAAACCCGUUAAACGGUCAAUUUUCGACUUUUACCCCAAACUUGUCCCACCCAAAAAGAUGGAUGGAUAUGACCCCGUAAAACCGUCAAUUUGCGACUAUUACAAAAAACCGGUCCAAAAAAACAACAUUGCCGCUCAUCUCGAUCCACUGCAGUUAGCCAUGUGUCAUAAGAUCUGUUCCCCCGCCGGCCUGGCGGGGCUACCCGCGCUGAUCGCUGAAAUGGUCAUUACCCCCAAAUAUUCGACCGCCAAGGAUCCGUCCAUCCUAAUUUGUGGAAUGCUGAACAAAAUGUGCGAAAAAGUUGGACCUCGAUACGAACACGUCGUGGCGCUCGCGCUUCUCUGGAUAUACGUUGGCGUGCUGCAACGUGACAGGAAGUUGGCCCCAGAGACCGCCUUCACCCCAGUGGACGCUCGAUUGGGGGGAUUGUUUAAAACGGCAGCGUCUCAAGAUAAAUAUGAGAAUAGCGAACACAUCAUAAAUCUGUGGAAUGCGGUUAAGGGAUUGUCGCACAUGGGUGUUUAUCCAGUCACGUCUGCCAUCUUGCGCCAAACUUACCCCAAAUUGGACUUGCACCUCCCCGAGGAUCUAGUCAGCUACAAGCCGGAUACAUUCUUUAAUCCGAUCGCUUCGAGGAUGCUACCCACACCAGCAAAGCAGGGAAAAGUUGACGCAGAUUUGCCAGAAGGGGUAGUGGGGACACCUUCACUGGAUCUCGAGGCAGACGUUAUCCAGAUAGUGGGCGAAGAAAGUGGCAAUCAAAUUGCUGAGGUGACGGAUAAAAAAUUACAAGAAGACCAUAGAGAAUCAAUUGACUUGAUAAUUCCGUCGAUUAACAAUGAUCCCGAUUCGAAUGUGGAUUUACAAAAGGUUGAACAGAUAGGUGCACGCGAAGAUCCCUAUACGCCGGGAUCAGGCCCAGACGAGCAACCGGAUGCAGGAUCAGUUCCUUCUCCGUCCGAUCCCGAUGUUUUGUUAUUCGUGACGGACCCUUAUGCCAUAAUAAAACUUAAUCCGUCCCUCUUUCCUUCUGAUAGUGGUUGGUCGGCGACAAGUCUACUGCCCCCCGAGGGGAGAAGGAGGAUGGAGAAGAAGGACGACGACCCACCGCCUUCGCCACCACUUCCAGUGCUUCCUACAGCUCCGGCAGGCUGUAGUGAAACCCUGCUUGGUAUCGACUUCACCCCUGAGGAGUAUCUCGAGCAGACGAUCGCAGAUAAUUAUUAUGCUCAAGGGCUAAAACUGGUUGGUGGGAUUAGGCGAGUCGUGUUCUAUCAUCGACUUAAGUUUUUAAAUGAUAUUCCCUAAUUUUCCAGUGAACAUGGAUGGGACAGGGUAUGAGUUUUAUAAUCGUUAAAAUUACAGCCUCUUUUUUGUAGGUACCUUAUGUAAAUUGAAAAAUUGCGACUUCAUAGAUACAUAAUUUAUUUAUCUCAAUAAAAAGUUAAAUAAAUAGUUAGCUUACCUUGUGUGUUGAUCACAAUUAUUUAUUAUGAUCCCUUAUACGUCGUCUCUUUAUAAUAAAAAAAUUAAUAUGGUUUUUAUUGAGUAAUUAGUAGAGCAGUGUCUCACAGAGUUUGCCUAUGCCAAACAAUUUUGUAGAUAAGGCUAGUAUAAAAUAUCUAUAAAAAAUAUUGUGCCGUUUUCUUCAUAAAUAUUAAAUACGCAUUUCAGCGAUUUUUUUCUCACGGCAAGCCUACGUACAUCUGACCUCCGUACGAAUCCUUCUGUGUGCUUCUUGUUUUUAAUAAUAAUCAGAAUAAAUUGAAACUUUGGGAUCUUGCUUAUGGUCAACAAUAGGCCACAAGGCUUUCACAUGUUUUGCAUAUUUGGAAGAAUUGUAUAUAUAAAUAUGUUGUUACAUACUUCGGCGAUUUUGUCAAAAAUAUUAAUAUGUUCUUGUAAAAAACGCCAGAAAUUCAUGCUUAAUAAAGUGCGGCAAAGCACGAUACAUAAGUAGCGCAAUAA